AUGCUGCCGAAACCGCGCAAGACCAGGACCGCAUCCAGCUCUCCCGCUCAAGUGCGCCGUGUCACCCGCUCACAGACGACGCAGGUCGGUGACAUCGGCAUCAAGACCACUGGAGUCGACACUCACUCCCGCAUGGGCGUCGAAGACCUACGGUAUGACAGCGGCCCCGACGCGGUGACCCAAUCUUCCUCAGGUGAGGAAUUCGUUGAACCCAAGGUCCUGAGCGAGCCUAAGUCCAAGUCGAAGCCCAAGGCCAAGCCCAAGCCGGAGCCCAAGAAGAAGCAGAAGAAGCCCAGGAAGAAGGAGUCACCCACGAGCACUCAAGUGCCAAAAGCCGACACUAAGCGUAGGGGCAAGCGCGGCGCCGCAGCCCCAUCGAGCCCAGCGGUCGCCGAGGCCAGGGACCCCAAGACCUCUCCCCCGUCACCGUCCGGCUCCCCCAUGGCUGGCCACAACCUGCCCAAAGAUACCAAGGGCUACGGCGGGUUCUGGGACGACGAUACGUACUUCAGCGCCCGCACAACAACCUCUGGCAAUGACGUUGAGCCAACCGCCGAAUCGCUGCAGCGCAAGCUUGAUGACAUGGGACUCGAGUGCGUGGCACUUGAGAGUCAAGGGGACACUGCGGCAAGGCUGCGUGAGUUCGAGGCGCUCCAGAACGAGACGGUGCGCACCAAGAUCAACCAGCUUCUUGAGCGCCAUGGCAUCAGGGAGAUGCUCAGAAUCAAGGACUUCCAGUUCGAGAACACCUCGUUGUCCGACCUUCUCGACAUUAUUGGACAGGCGAUGGAGGUCAUGUCCGAAAAGAAGGGUGACAUGGUUCGCGUCAAGGGCGUGGGCAUGGGGCUCAACAGGUCUGAAGGAGAGCUCGUCGAACAAGUUGACCACAUCUCCCCGGCUCAGCCUGGACCGGAUUUCGCGCGCGGCAAGGGCAUAGCCGCUGCAUCAAUGGCCAGCCAGGAGGCCGUCAAGACCAAGAUGACCCAGUUGACUCGCCUAAGAGAGGAUCGAAAUGACACAGAGAAUCGGCGCAAGAAGGUUACCAAAGGCGAGCUCAAGCCCAAGCAGGAGCCUAAGGAGCUCCGAAACGUCGAAGACGACACGGACGGACCGGGAGCGGUCCAGCCCAAGGCGAAGGGGCGCAAAAACGCACCUGAGCGUCCCACGAAGACCUCUCCUCGCCCCCGGCGUGGAGCACUGGGCUUUGGCAUUGUGCGGGACCCCAACAUCAUCGGGGAGAAUGACUGCUCCUCGAGCAGCACCUUCAUCGGGAAGUCUAAGUCCAACACCGCGGUCCCCCAGGUCGACUCCAGUUCCAAGGGGCAGGCUACCGGCGGCAGCGAACAGCGCUGUACUAGGCCCAAACGCUGA